CUGUUAAGACAGGGAUACCCUUAGCCUCCGAGAUGCCCCACAAACACGGGCGCCGGUCUAGCACGACCUCCCUGAAGAGUAUCCGGCGCGCCAGCAUUAUCGCCCACGGUAAUGUCGAGGUCUCCGAGAUAUCCCUUCUGAAGGAAGAAACUUGCACAGGAGAUCACUACCUUACACCGGAGCAAUUGGAAAAUAUAUAUCGCACAAACGUGGUCACAGGACUGACGGAGAAUUUCGCUGCCGAGCUCCUGGAACGCUAUGGCCCCAACGAGCUGAAGGAACUUCAUGGCACCAGUUAUUGGACAUUAUUUCGCAACAAUUUAUUUGGAUGGUUCCAGUGUGUACUUUGGACUGCGGCAAUAGUGAAUUUUAUUGGGUACUUCUUGUCCAGUGAUUCAGGUAGCGGCGAAGAAGAGUCAGCUGAAGCCCAUUCUGCAAAAGAAUAUCUUUAUUUGGGAUCUGUGAUCGCAGCUACUAUUGUUGGAACUGGUAUCUUUGGAUUUUAUCAAGAAGCAAAGAAUGCUGCGGUUAUGAGUGGUUUCGAGAAGCUAGUGCCACCCAACGCUGUAGUUAUUCGAGAAGGUGUUAAAAAAACAAUCCCCAACGUUGAUCUGGUGAUUGGUGACAUCGUAGAAAUGAGUGGAGGAGAUAUAGUGCCAGCCGAUGUGAGAAUACUUACUUGUACUAAUUUCAACACGGACAUGUCAUCAUUGACUGGAGAGUCAGAGCCAAUAAAACAUAGACCUGAAUGUACUCAUUCGAAUCCUAUGGAAUCAAAAAAUAUGGCGUAUUUUGGAUGUCCUAUUACUGAAGGGUUUGCUAAAGCUAUUGUUAUUGCAACUGGAGAAAUGACUCAAAUAGGAAAAAUAGCUGGACUCGUAACAGGGUUGACGAAAGAAGAAACCCCUAUUGCAAAAGAAAUUACACACUUCAUUAAGCUUUUGUGCGGCGUGGCGUUUGUUUUCGGUAUAAUUUUCUUUUUUAUGGUAUAUUUUAUACAGAACAGUAUGCUGUCUGCGCUUCAAUACAUGCUGGGGAUCAUACUAGCUAAUGUUCCCGAGGGAUUGAUUGUAACUUUGACUGUCUGCAUGACACUUUCUGCCAAGUCUCUGAAAAAAAAGAACUGCCUGGCCAAAACAUUACAAGCUGUAGAAACCUUGGGGUCUACGUCAUGUAUAUGUUCCGACAAAACUGGUACAUUAACCGAGAAUCAAAUGAACGUGUCACAUUUAUUCACCAAUUUCAAAAUAAUUGACAAAGAUGACCAUCAUUACGUCACAAAUGUUUCAUAUGCGACAUUAUGUUUAGCAGCUUGUCUUAAUUUAAAAGCUACAUUUACUUUUGAUACAAUGCACAUGCCAAUAGAAAAACGAAAAGUUUUGGGUGACGCUUCCGAAGCCGCAAUAUUACGGUAUAUGGAAGCAAACCGAUCAGCUACACAAGUUCGAGAAGAAAAUCCAAAAGUUGGAGAAAUUCCAUUUAGCUCAGCCUACAAAUAUCAAGUGACUAUUCAUCGUAUGUUAAACACUGACACUCACUAUUUAAUAAUGAAAGGUGCACCUGAAAUCGUCGUAGAAUACUGUUCACAAGUUCACACCGAUGAUGGCGUACAAAAUCUCACUCCACAAUUAAAAAAAGAAUUAAAAGCUAAUUUUAUCAAGAUCGCAAAUAUGGGCGAACGUGUUAUUGGAUAUUGCGAUCUCAAGUUGCCUGUAGAAUCAUAUCCAGUAGGUUACAAAUUCGAUGCACAGGCACGUAAUUUUCCUCUGGAAGAUCUCAUUUUUCUUGGAGCAGUAUCAAUGAUAGAUCCUCCGAGGCAAAAUAUUGACAAAUAUAUUGGUUUGUGUCGAUCAGCUGGAAUUAAAGUAAUAAUGGUAACUGGGGACCAUCCUGUGACUGCACUGGCUAUUUCUCGCAGGUGUGGCACAAUUUCAAUGCCGACAGCGUAUGACUAUGCGUUCGAGCAUCACAUAGAUCUAGCUGAUGUACCGCCGCACAUUAAAAGCCAGUUUAAAGCUGCAGUUAUAACUGGAGACGACCUUCGUAAAAUGAGUGUUAAUGAUUUGAAAGCAGUGCAAACAAGGUACCAAGAGAUCACAUUCGCGAGAACCAGUCCUCAGCAAAAGUUGUUUAUAGUUGAAACGUAUCAGUUGCUAGGUUAUGUAGUGGCUGUGACCGGAGAUGGUGUCAACGAUUCUCCGGCUUUGAAGAAAGCAGAUAUCGGCAUCGCUAUGGGUAUUAACGGUACUGAAGUCUCCAAAAAGGCUGCGGAUAUGAUUCUGUUGGAUGAUAACUUCGCUUCUAUCGUGCUUGGUGUGCAAGAAGGCAGGCGAAUCUUUGACAAUUUGAAAAAAACCAUUGCGUAUACGCUCACCUCCAACUUACCUGAGAUGGCACCUUUUGUAUUGUAUGCGUGUUUGGGCCUGCCAUUACCUAUUACUCUCAUGUUGAUCAUAGUCAUAAAUGUCGGAACUGAUCUUCUGCCUGCGAUGAGUUUAGCAUAUGAAGAAUCCGAGGAAGAUAUCAUGUCUAUUCCACCUCGCAAACUUACUGAUCACCUCGUGAAUGGUGUUUUAUUAUUUAUGGCAUAUUUUCAAGUAGGACUUAUUCAAUUCUUCUCGGCAAUGUAUGCCUACUUUAUAAUUUUUGCUCAGGACGGAUUCUUUCCAUCAAGUCUAAUUUUUGUACGCAGCGAAUGGGAGAACACACGCAUUUUAGUAAAAGAUACAUUAGGUCGCGAAUGGAAUUACAGAGAUAGGAAAAGGCUUGAGAGGAAAGCGCAGACAGCUUAUUUUGUAGCAGUUGCCUGGACACAGAUAUCGGAUGUGAUUAUUUGUAAAACUAGACGAGUCUCAAUUAUUAAGAAAGGCAUGAGAAAUCAUGUUCUCAAUGCCAGUAUCGUUGUAGACUUACUAGGAGCACUUUUAGUUUCAUACUGGCCAGUGUGCCAUGAACUGUUUAGCACCGAGCCGUUGUCUUGGUGGGACUUUUUUCUAGCAAUCCCCUUCGCUAUUCUCAUGAUAGUCAUGGAUGAAAUUAGGCGUUACUUGAUAAGAAAUAGCGUUAAUAAGUGGGUUGAAAGCGAGACAUAUUAUUAA